GCGGCCGUCGUUCGGCGGCUAAACGUUCUUUUGGUCCUACCGGUCGAGUGGGAAAGUCGACUAGGGUUAAGCCGUCACGGUCGAAGAGGAUGGAGGGUAAGGUGAAGGGAAAGAUGCACGAGAAGACGCAAAGUCCACCACGGUCUCCUACGGACCCCCUGAUCAGCCCUAUCGUUACCUUGGUUGUGAGCUCCGAGGAGCGUCUGUUCGUGGCUCACGAAGACAUCCUUUCUAGGGCUCCCUUCUUCGGUGCGCUGCUCAAGGACCAGUUCGCAAAGGACAACACCAACAAGGUGGUGAUCUUGCCAGAGGAGGAGCCCGAGAUUCUGUCUUGUAUUCUCGAAUUCUUAUACAAAGGGGACUACUUCCCCCGCCUCCUGCGCAACAAAACCCAAGACGGAUGGGAACUCGAGAACGCCCAGCAAGACCCCACCGUGCCCCCCGGCUACGGCGGCCGCGGAUCUAGCGAAGCCACCAUCACGCUCUCCGCCACAGGGGAAGUCAUCCUCCGCGACACGGCGGUCUGCUGCGCGGCAGAACGGUACGGCAUGGAGGACCUCAAGCGCCUUGCGCUUCGCAAGCAAGGCCUCCAGACCGGCCUGCCCGUCGGCGUGAUCCUGCAAUCUGCGCGCUAUGCCUACGAUAACACGCCAGACACGGAGUACCAGCUGCGGGCGCGGUACUUGGCUAUGAUUAUUCGAACUCGUCAGAUCUUCAAGACCAGUGGAACCAUGCAGUUUGAGAUGGAAAUGGGUCAUAGGUUUUUCUUUGACUUGUUUGUGGCUAUGUGUAACCAUAUGGAUGAUUUGGAGCAGUCUCCGUAAGGUUUCCUCUGUUCUAUAAAAUAAGAGCGAGAUCA